UGAACUCGUACGCAUUUCCUCGAGUUUAACUCGUAAGCGAAGACUUUCCAAAUAUAUUUUGCUGCUGUUCGGAGCGAAGUUCACUAACGAGGGCGUUGUGGUAACAAAUGUGUUAAGCGUUACACCUGCACGUUCGUUCAUCCUCUUGAAAUAUUUGUUGCGUGAAAGUAAAAUAUAAGGACCGUAUAUGAUAACGAUGCACGCGUUCGCAGACAGAGUUCUGAAAACAACUAGACGUCUCGCUAAAAGUAACCAAGUGGCUCUGUUGCGCUCGGAGACCGGUGAUGCCUACUCUCCACGGCAGAUGGCAUCUGUGGUGCAGUCAACACCAUUCUAUGCCGGCAAUGACAUUUUAUUGGAAGAUGACAAGCCAGUGUUGCCUGGACUCCCCAUCAGGGCUGCCACUCUACCUGAACUUACUCGUUUAAUGGUCAAUGUCUUCGACUAUAAUGGAGACCUUUCACCUUCAGUCGCCACCAUACCUAAGGUGGUUUUCCAAAUGCAUCGGUGGUUUACCUCUUCAGCAAAGUUGGUUGAACAGAUGAUGGCGUUGCACAAAAGGGCUGGUGAAAUUUCACCCUGUACAAUUGAAGGAUGUGCACACAGCCAUGCCACAACGUCACCUGAAGUUUGCUUGCUUCUCCAGUACCAAACCAGAAUCUGCCAUGCCAUCAGGUACUGGAUUCUUCAAUUUCCAAUGCACUUUGAUAUCGAGAAUGGUCUAGCAGGGACGCUUGAGACGUUCCAGUCUCUCCUGACUCCUACAUCAGCCGAGCUGGUCGACCUAUCCCAGGUGCCGUCUUAUGACUGGAUGCGACACGCGUCUAUCCGCAACAGCAGUCUCGCAGAGAAACAAGCAUCACUCAAUAAAGAACAUUCUUGCAAAGUUUCUCUUGUUUUUAACCAUCUGGAGCCAAUGCAGUUAGCAGAACACAUCACUUAUUUGGAACACAAAGUCAUUAGGAGGAUAACUUUCCACGAUCUCAAGAAGUACGCAGAUUCUGGCUCUCUGCGUGAUACUCCGAAGCUCGAGAGAUCUGUGAUGAUGUUCAAUGGUCUGACUCAGUGGAUCCAGUGUAUGGUCCUGAGUCGCACCAUGCCCCAGCAGCGAGCUGACGUCAUAACCAAAUUCAUAGAUGUUGCAGUGAAACUCCUGGAGCUACAGAACUUCAACUCAUUGAUGGCAGUGGUAGGAAGUGUAAGUCAUAGUGUUCUGGCUCGACUCUCCAAAACUAUGGCUUGUCUCUCAGCUGAAAGCAAAAAGUUACUAACAGACCUCACUGAAUUACUAUCUUCAGGCAACAACUUCAGCAACUAUCGGCGCAAACUUGCCAAGUGCAAAGGAUUCAAGAUUCCAAUCCUUGGUAUUCACUUGAAGGACUUGAUCUCCUUACAUGUGGCCUUACCUGACACCAUAGAAGGGGAAAUGAUCAAUAUCCGUAAAAUGGCGCAGCUGUCUUUGAUCUUUCAAGAACUGGAGGAACUGCAGAACUCUGUGACACCCAUAAAUGCCAACAUGGAUCUUGUCAACAUGCUCAGGUUAUCACUUGAUCUCUCCUAUACUGAUGAUGAAAUCUAUGAAUUGUCAUUGGCUAGAGAGCCCCGAAACUCAUCGUCUCCACAGGGCUCUCCAACACAAUCUGUACUAUUUGCCGAAUGGGCGUCCAGUCCAUGUCUGCCACCUGACCCACAGACAAUAGAAAAGCAUGUGAAUGCAAUGGUAGAGGCAGUGUUCAAGAAUUAUGACAGUGACAGAGAUGGCUACAUAUCUCAUGACGAAUUUGAAGCUGUUGCAGGGAACUUUCCCUUCAUAGCCUCAUUCUGUGUCUUGGACGCAGAUCAUGAUGGCAUGAUAAGUCAAGAAGAAAUGAAAAAAUAUUUUAUUCAUGCCAAUUGCCAUGCACUAAAAAGUGGUUUCAAACACGAAUUCCAUGAGACUACUUACUUUAAGCCUACUUUCUGUGCACAUUGUGCUGGUCUGUUAUGGGGACUCAUCAGACAAGGGUACAAGUGUCGAGACUGCGGCAUCAAUGCUCACAAACAUUGCAAGGAUUUGGUGGUGAUGGAAUGUCGAAUAAGGAUUAACCCUUCUUCAGGGGAACCUAGUAGUCAUGCGUUAACAUCAAGACGGAAGUUUCGUCGCAAGAAGAAGUCAAGUGCUUCUGAAUCAGAAUCUUCUCCACCCAGUCCAAAAUACUCAACUACCUCUUCUUCAACAGUUGGUGAUUCAGAACCUUGUCAGCAGACAGCGUCUGGGGUUGAAUAUUCUGACAGUGGGGGAGGCUCUUUACCACCGAGUCCAAAGCCUACACUAAUGUGGGCUGGGCCUAGAAGGAAGAUAAGUGACUCCCUUUUGGUACCCUCACGUAGCCGACCAACAUCUCGUCUCAGGACACAGCACAGUUGCCCAGAAAGUACAUGUUCUCAUAACUACAGAGUACAGGAUGGACAGGCACAUAUACAUCCUCCAUUUUUACAUUCCUCCACGGUAUAUUACCCACCGCUGGCCCACCAGUCAUCAGUCACAGCUGCCCCAGCCAUGACUGCACCAGCACCACCUCUAGCAAACCACCUGAGUUGUCACUGCCACAGUGAACAGUUGGAGCUGCUGAAUCAGAAACUUUCAGCAGCAGAGGAGGCAAAGCAGCGUCUCCUGAAAGAAAACGAGUUCCUGUUACGGCAGUUGGAGGAUGCUUACAGAGAACUCCACUCAUUGAGAGACCAUGUGGGAGAAGUGCGUCAACAGACAGUGGCAUUUAUUCUUCGGCAGAUGGAGACACUACACAUCCAGAAGGAUACUCAUGUCUGACACGUGAGCAAAUUACUUUUAUCACCUUGGAGACGUAAGUGUGAAAAGUUCAGUGGUGUUGUAUUCAUACUCAUACAACCUUAAUGGUCACAUCUGGUAUAUAUAUAAUCACACAGUGUAUAUGCCUGGGACAGAUGCUUCUUAAAAUUUAUUCCAAAUGUAGCUUCAAUAGAUGUUUUACAAUUGGUCACUAAGUUAGCUAAAGCUAUAAUUGGGUAAUGUUACAUCUACUGAAGAAAUUCAUUUGAAAAUCCUGUUGUAACUACCAGAGAAAGAUAAUUAUUGAAUAUGGUAUCAGGAUGUCUCUUACUGUUGUAGUUUUUAUCCUGAAGUUGUUCAGUGGGGGCAGACAGGUGUGACCGUCUCACAUUUAUAAACCAGAAGAAGCUGUGUAUUUUAGUUGAACUGAUUCAGAUGUUGGUCAUUGCCAUGCUUUGAAAAAAAUUGCCUUCUAAUAAUAUUGUUAACUGAAAUAAACAUUGCACAUUACAUGGUGGUAGAACCGGUAUCUUUAUUUCCAUUUCAUUGAGAUGCAAAUGUAUUAUGAAGUGUAAUGGUUGUUUAUGUUCUGUGUUAUGAAUAUUUAUAUAGUUCAGUAAUAUCAAUGCCAGUAAUAAUGGUAUAAUUUAUAUUUGUCAGGAUGGUACUGGGGCCUACUACUUAUAUGAAUGUAACAAAUGAGAACUUUGUAUUCAAGACACAGAUAUAUAUUAUUAAGAAAAUUAAAUGCAGUGUGAGUAUAGUGUAACUCCAUAAUUUUCAAUCCAUUUUCAAUUAUAGUUUGAGAUACUGGUGUUCAGAACGUUGUAAGAAUUUGCAAGUUUUGUUAAUUUUGUCUGAUAUACUGUGUGUACAUUUAACAUGUUUUCUAUGCUGACAACAAAAUUAUUUAUGAAUGUAGUGUUAUAAUUUAUACCCCUCCCUCUCCUGUCUAGUCAUAUGAGGAAGAUGCAAGGAUAAUGAUAAUGUGUUUGUGUAUUCAUGUUCAAAUAACUGUGAAUAUAAGAUACAGAUAUAAAGAAAGAGUAGGUUAUUUUUAAUGUAAGGAAAGGAAAAGAAAUUACAAGAUGUGUUGCUGACUUUGGUUCCAUUGCAUUUGAAUAUCUUUUUUAUUUGCCAUUCCUUUUACAGCAAUGAAGAGUAUAGUUAGCUUUCACAGUUUUUAUCUCAGUUACUUUUUAUUUUUUCACAAAUAAUAUUUUUAUAUACAAAAGUAAUGUUCAAGAUUAAUUUUCGUGCUAAUUCCUAAAACCAUUUACAAAACAUUCAUUUCUUUCUUAUAGCAUCACAUUCCUGUUAUUCUUUGAAAUACAGAGAUACAUUCUUUCCAAAAUCAGGAUUUAUAAAUAUGUAAAGAAACUACAUAUAAUCCUGGUUGCUCACUAAAAUAUAAUGCAUUCCAUGUUACCAAACUAUAAAGUAAAAAAUAUUUAUGUUAUUGAUGUCUUUUAAUUUUAUAAUUCUGUUAUUUUAGGUGAUUAGCAAUUGUCUGUGAAUCACGGAUCCAUGUACAGCAGAUGGUUACCGUGUUAAGUUUCAUUUGAACUUUGGAAAGAAUGCUUCAGUUGCUGGUGAUGACAAAUGUUUGGAGUCUAGUGUUGUUUUAAUAUGCUGAACUAUACCACAAAUCCUGCUUUUCCAAACAUCACAGCCAAGUGGUUAGCCUUCCUCCUUCAUUUGAGAGGUCCUUAGUUCAAAUAUCGACCAUAAGAUUGACUGUGCUGACUGAAGUUAUUUUUAUGGUUUCAUUCAUACUAGAAUAGUAUCUAAAAUCAGAUCAUGACCAUUUUCUUCCAUAUCCUUUUAAAUUCAUUAUCAUUAAUCAUCCUAGCAUUAAGCAGUUUAUAAUCAAACCUGUUGACAUUAUUGUUAAAUAAACCACAAAUAAAUAAAUCAUAUACUAUGUAAGAGUUAACUUUUCAUAUAUGAAUGUGUGUAUUUGUAUACAUAUGAAAUGUACAUUAUAUGAUAUAAUACACAAAUUUCACUAUAAUUACGUAGUCUAUGUGGAAAAUAGAAACUACAUUUGUAAUUUCUCUUUCAUUAUUAAUUAAUAAUUUGACAUUACAUAGCCCCAGUGAUCUAUUUAUAUACUACAUUUUAUACAAAGGAUUGUGUGUGUGAUAAAUAUAUACAACCACUGUAAUGAUAAGGGAGUACUUGUCACAACAGUGUUAUAAAAUAUUUUAAUGUUUGGAAAUAAAUAUGUUUGCAUUAACAGGUUAA